GGGAGCUGUCAAAAGCUUGCUGAGGAAGUAGGGUCGGCUGGCGACAAAAUGAAUAAUUCAGUCAUUCAAGGAGAAAUCUGUGGAUUAAUUGAUAACGAGUCCAAAGGAAUACCCCAAGCAGGUGGGGAUGCUGUGACCUCACGCUGCAAGGCGUCCAAUGACAGCACUCGGAUCAUGGCCGUGGGUGGGGCACCACACAGGGAUAACCAAUGAGGAGAAGGGACAGCCAUGACGGACAGGGACGGGGCGGGGCGGAGGACCAGGAUGGGAGGAGAGGCGGCAGGGGGCAGGCGGGGGUGAGACAGGCUAGCAGGAGGGAGACUGGAGGUGAGACAGGUGUCAUGACCCCGCUGCCUGUCUUCCUGUUCCCCUCUGAGCUGGUGUUUUACUCUGAGCAGAGGAGCUCCCACCGGAGAGUGUUAACGCUGUACAACCCCUACAGCUUCAGGAUCAGCUUCAAGAUGUUGUGUACUGCUCCCUCGCUCUACAGAGUGGUGGAGGCUGAGGGGAGUGUCCGACCCAAGUCCUGCGUUGACCUGGUGGUGCGUCACCUGGAUGUGUCCCCUCGAAACUGGGGCCGGAGAGACAGGUUCCGCAUGGAGAUCAGAGGAGGAGGCCAGGUGGGAGGACGGGAGAUCUGGGCCGAGCUGAGAGGAGGAGGGGAGGAUGAAGAAGAAGAAGAGGAGAGGAGGAGGAAGAAACAAGAAGGGGUUGGGGAGGAGAAGAGGACAAGGAGACAGCAGAGGGUGCUGUCUCCUCUGCUGGUGCCCACAUAUGCUCGCCUGCAACUGCCUACCUGUACAGCUGUGCGCAGUGUGUCUCAGUGGGUGGUGUGUGUGUUUAUGGCGAUGCUGUGUGUCGCAGUGUUAAUGCUCCCCCACCACAAUGACAGCAGCUCGGUGGUUCCACAUUGCCUGCACGUCUCCACCAAUCAGAAGCUGGCCUGUGCCUACACACUGGGUCUUCUCACCAUGAUGUUUCUACGGUAACCAGUGACAUCAUGCCACCAUCCCCGCCUCCUCUGUUUGACAGCAGCCUUUUGUUGCCAUGGCAGCCAUGGACACCACCCCCUGACCUCUGACCUCCAUCAGAGGGACCACACAGACACAGACUGUGUUCAUUAACUCAACACACACACACAUGAAUGUAGUCGAGGUCUUAAUUAGUAGGGAUUGACUUAAUUAACCAUCUUAAUUAGUCUUCAACCUGGAAAGAGACUGAUGAACACAAUCAGCCUGACAUAGUUCAUCCUGGGACUUCCUGUUCAUCGUUCAUGUUUAGGGUCUAGGGAACAAUCUAAAAGGUCACAAGGUGAUUAAAGUGAUGUGAAUUAAAAACAUGUUCCUCUUUA